AUGGAAACGACGCAAGCAGCGCCUCAUCUUCCACCAGAAACACUGGUAGAAAUCUUUAGUAGUGUUGGAGAAUAUAAUAUAAAAUCAUUAUAUUCUUGUCUCCUUGUAAAUAAAUUUUGGUGUGAGAGUGCUGCUUUAAUGUUAUGGAAAAGACCAUUUGAAGUAACUUCAUUAAGAGCUUCAGCAAAAUUGGUCAGCAUAUAUUUUUUAUUCUUUUCUAAAGAGACGAAAGCUAAAUUACUUAACGUCGAUGGAAUAGAUGUAUCUCAUCCAACAUUACAACAACCGAAAAUAAAUUAUUUGGCAUAUUUAAGGCAUAUUGACUUUAACAUGGUGUAUCGUGCUGUACGCAUGUGGGUUAGUUAUCAAACAUUAAAUGAACCUUUUAAUUUAGAACUCAAGAAAAAACAAAAUAAGCAAUCGAACCAUGAAGAACCAGAUUAUAAAUCAUGGCCAUAUUAUUCUGGUACAUGUAAUUCAACAUAUGAACUUCGAGAAUUUGUAUGCGGUGGACAAUUUUCAAAAGAUUAUAUUCUGCAAAAAUUAUCAGAAUUAUGUAAUGAAAUUGAAAUAGUUUCUAUUUAUGAUUCUUGUGGAACAUCACCGCAAACCUUGAUUGAUUUUAUUAAAGCACAAAUGAGGUUAAAACAAAUAACUUUAACAAAUUGGCAAACAGAUUCUUUCAGUACCUUAUCAUCAAUAUCAACACAAGUACGAACAUUUCGACAAAUAGAAUUUAUUCGAUGUAGUUUUCCAACUACAGAAAAUAGUGCAAGAUUUUUCAAUGGAUUAGCGAAAUGUAGUAAUUUACAAGUAUUAAAAUUUGAAAAUUGUAAUAAUCUGAAUGCUACAUUAAUGAAACCAUUAGCGAAAGCAGAAUUUCCAAACCUAAAGACAUUAAGUAUAGAUAAUGAUUUUAAUAAAGAUACACCAUCAAUGGAACUUAAGUCGAUUAUAGAAAAUUGUAAAGAAACACUUAAGGAGAUUAUUCUACGGAUUAAUUUAUCAUUUUAUGCAGAUAUGUUAGAAACUAUAGCAAAAUUUUGUCCUGGACUUCUUAAAUUAAGUAUAACGAUUGAAAGGGAUACAGAGAUGCAACAACUUAUCACAUUAUUUAGUUCUUGUAAAGAAAUGAUAGAAUUAAUAAUUCAUCGAAGGCAUAUAUUAUUUGAUCCUUGGUUUUAUCCUUGCAAAUCUUUAGUAAAACUUGGGGGUGUUAUACCAUCAUCAUUACGUAGAUUAGAAUUAAUCGGUAUUGAAUUUGAUCAUCUGACAUGGAACGAAUUUUUAAACAUUUGCCCAGGAUCGAUUAAUUAUUUUGUUUUUGACCACCAUAAUACAAAUUAUGUUAAACAUGUGGAAAACUAUGCAAUGCGACAUAAUAAAGUCAUCAGGGCUAAAGGAACUGUAGAGCACUCAACUGGGCAAAUGUUUGUAGAAUUGAGAUGA